UCCUCCUCUUUCACUUGCAGAGCAUUCAGCAUCUCGACCAUGGAAGAGUCUCACUCUCAACACCAACACCAACACAACCACCAACCCUCAUCAUCCCCACCCGCCACCGGCACGUGCUGCAAGUGCGGCGGCCCCACCACCUUCGCCCCACCGCCACCCUCUCCUUCCUUCUCCGAAAUCUCUCCGCCACCCUCCUACCGCCCCAUACGCGCCCCGGCGGUUCCACCGGACCCACACUCCACACGCGCCAUCAUCCUUGCCCCCGUCCCUCAGUCCCAAAAAGUUCCCAUAGCCACCCCACCCCACCAUUUCCAAACCCCAACCAAACGCAUUCAGACCCCCGACGACAUUCACCGCUUCCACCUCUCCGAUUCCGGCAAAAACUUCCUCGGCUUCGUCGUUGCCCUCUCCGAAUCCAUUCGCGGCCACAAAAUCUCGGAUCCUUGCCACCAAUCAUCAACCAUAAUCACCAUUGUGUCAAUACUCGAAACCCUAAUUCAAUUGACCGACGAAAUUCCUCCAGUCCAGCAACCCGCGCGAUACGGAAACGUCGCGUACCGCACCUGGCACCAGCGCAUGGUGAGCUCCGGUGAAUCCUUUAUGCUGAAAUUCCUGCCAGAGAACCUCCACUCGGCGACCGUCGAGCUCGUCCCAUACUUCGCCGACAGCUUCGGAAACACGAGCCGGAUCGAUUAUGGGACCGGGCACGAGACGAAUUUUGCGGCCUGGUUGUAUUGCCUGGCGAGGUUGGGGCUGAUCGGAGAGGAGGAUUACCAUGCUGUGGUGGCUAGGGUUUUUGUGAAGUACUUGGAAUUGAUGAGGAAGUUGCAGUUGUUGUAUAAUUUGGAACCUGCAGGGUCACAUGGUGUUUGGGGUCUUGAUGAUUAUCACUUUUUGCCCUUUAUAUUUGGGUCUUCGCAGUUGAUUGAUCACAAGUAUAUGAAGCCUAAGUCGAUUCAUAACCAGGAUAUAUUGGAUAAUUUCUCUAAUGAGUACCUUUACCUUGCUUGCAUUGUUUUUGUGAAGAAGGUGAAGAAGGGUCUCUUUGCUGAGCACUCACCCAUGUUGGAUGAUAUCAGUGGGGUGCCCAAUUGGAACAAGGUUAAUAGUGGGUUGCUCAAGAUGUACAAGGCUGAAGUCUUGGAGAAGGUUCCCAUCAUGCAGCAUUUCCUUUUUGGCUCGCUUAUUAAGUGGGAGUAAUGAUUGGAAUCACUUUGUUGCUGGCAUUCCUGUGAGCCCAAGCUAUAUAAACCAGGUUGAUGAAAUCGGCUAUAGUGGGGGAGUGAUUGGAGGGGAACUAUAUUCAUGGCAGCUUUUUCAUCGGUCUUUUGAUAUACUUACUUUGUUGAAGCACAUGUUCACCAUCAACUUGCAUAUUCUAGAUAUUAGAUAUACUCACCUUCAUGAAAGUAAAGAUAAUGGAUAGAGUUUCUUCGUUUUGCUAUAUAUUUAACUACGAUAAUGUUUGCUACAUGUCGAAGAAUGGUUCUUUACUCACAAGAACAUUUAGUCAAUGUAUUCCUGCACUUGCAUCAUGAGCAGCUUAUAGAGUAUAUAGUCCCGUUUAUAAUCCUGCUGAUGGGGUUUGGAAAUUAUUAACAUUUUUAGUGAAAUAAGUUUGAAUAUCUAUUUUGUAGUUUCCAAUACCGACUUUUGUGGUUAGACAAUAAUUGAUUCCUUCCAAAUCAAACAAUCGAUGUUCGGCUACGAUCCAGAACUAUCC